GGGAAGGUACUCUAAGGAAAGACAAAUCCAAAGUUCCCAUCAAUGCAAUAAUUCCAGCUGUUAAUUGAAAAUACUGAAUUGUUUGUUUUUUUCGGCUUUCUUUUUUUAUUUAUUUAAAUUAAAUAAUGUCUUUAGCGCUCGAUAUUCUUACAGCUGCAUAUGCAGCUACCAUUGCUGCAGGUGGUAUAAUAGGCUACGUCAAAGCUGGUAAGUCAGAACUCUCUGCUCAGGAGAUAGACAUCCAAAAAACUGACAAGACGAAUACAUAUAUAUUUAUAUAAUUAUAACUUUAUAACUAUAACAUUAAAAAACUCAGAAAGUAAAAUCAAGGUUCAGGGUGAAUAUGCAAGGCAAGGGAAUUUCAGAUUAGACUGAAUCGUAUGAUAUUUAACCAAUUUGGAGGGAGUUAUAAGAAGUCAUAAAACAUACUGACACCUGAGGAACAAAAACAGGAUACUUUCUUAGGGAAACUGAAGACCCACAACCACAAUGGGCACUCUCUACAACUACAAGCAACCCCUUCAAAAUCUUGCAUAUGCUGAUGACAUAGCACUGUUAGUCGUAAAAUUAAUAAAGAUAUAUCGAAAGCUUUUAUUGAAUUAGUUGACAUAUCACUACAAGGAAGACUGGAAGUUAACAACCAAAAAAAACAAAAUACAUGACCAUGUUAAGACAGAUGAAAAUGAAACCAUUAAAUUUAGAAACCGCACUUUUUAGAGAUUAAAUCAACUGAAAUACCUAGGAUAUUGAUUAAAUGAAAGAAAAAAAUUACUAACAGAAAUAACAGAAAGGAUACUGGCCGGAAAUGGGGCAUACUUCAUUAGUCAGAAAAUACUCAAAAGUAAAAACAUUACAAGAAAAGCAAAGAAAACUAUAUGAUUAUACGGUAUAUAAAACUGUAAUCAGACUCUCACUCAGACUCUACCUUCUGCGCCCCCCCGGAUGAUUUGAGACCCCUGACUUAGAACGAAUGCCUAAUGAUAGAUGAGUGAAGAGGAAAACAGCAGACCUAGGCUUAGAUGGAUGGAUCAAGUGGAGAGGGAUCUACAAGCAUGGAAAAGAAAAGCAUCAGUUAGGUCGAGGGGUGAAGGAUGUGAUGAGGCAGGCCACACAUACACCAGACAUACUUUUGAUAUUUUUUUUUAAAAAUCUUGUUUUGCGCAGUUAUCUUUAACUUUAAUUUUAUUUCAUGGAAUCAGUGUCAUCAUAAUUCCUUCAUCUUCCCCUUGAAGAACAGGAAAAACUUAUUUUUGGGUUUGGGGCUGAAAAAUUGAAAGAAUGUAUGUGUUUUCAUCGACAAUGAGUCUAUGUGCCAAGUUUCGGCUCUAUAGGUUGAUGGGAAGUGGGUCAAUUAGCCCAGUGAAGAUUUUUUCCUUAAGACACAAAAGCGAAGUAUAUAUAAAGGAUUUAAUACAAAUAAACAUUUAGCUGUAUCCUUUUUUUUUUUUUUUUUUAGGUUUUUCUUUACUUUGUUUUUCUUUUUUCUUUUUUCGGUGUUCCUUGUUUACAGAUAUCCCACCGCCCACCAAUAGAAUAGUAAUAGUUAAAUGAAUGUUUAACAAAUUGUUUUUCCUUUCUUUUUUUUUUUUUUUUUUUUUGUUUUUUUUUUUUUUUUUUUUUUUAGGUUUUUCUGUACUUUGUUUUGCUCUUUUCAUAUUACCUAACCUGAUUGCAGUCUCUCCCCCAUAUUACCAUGCAUUUAACUACCAUACCAGUAUUUGAAAAUGGUUACUCUAUGGGUAAAUUUGAAAAUACUCACAAUGGGAUUUUUAACAUUCGUAUGCUAGUUUUCACUAGGUUACAUGUUCAUUUAAUUUGAUCCUUUUUAAAAGGUAAAUUUAUGUUGUUUUUCCCUAGGAAGUGUUCCUUCAUUAGCUAUGGGUGUAGCUUGUGGAACAUUGAUGAUGUAUGGAGCUUACCAAAUGGGACAGGAUCCUAAAAAUAUCACAGUAUCCUUAGGUAUGUUAAAGUUAUAAAAUAUAAAAAUGUACCUUCACUCAUUACUGGUCAUCUACUGCAUCCUGGUCUAUUUCUAGUCGUCUAGACUAAGACUUGCCAUUGAAUUAAAUAGGCAACUUCUGCAAGGAUGAGAGACUGAGGUUGACUAAUUGAGCAACUCUUCCUCACUUUAAAUUUAAAUAAAGUAAAGCUUUCUAUUUAUCAAGUCAAAAAUUGCCUUGGUCAUUAUGACAUGUGAAGGACGAACAAUAAAACCUUCAUUUUAUAUAUUAGCGGUAUAUUGAAUUGAUACAGUACAUGGAAACAAUUUUUUAAGGCUAUUUUCUUAAAUUCCGAGUUUCUUUUUCUAAUGUUAUAAUUAAUUACUUGAAUUUUCUGCAUCACGGUGAAUCACAGAUAAAAUUCAAUUUCAAGUUUCAGUACCCAGCAUUUAAAAUAAAUGUUGUACUCUUAGAUGUACUCUUAUAUUUUGUUUCCAGUAACCUCAGCUGUGCUCACUGGUGUUAUGGGUUAUAGAUUCUCUAACAGUGGUAAAUUCAUGCCUGCUGGACUUGUUGGAGCACUCAGGUAAAUAAAUUGAAAUUUAGUGUUUGGCUUUUAAAAUAUAUCACUUAAUGCAGAACUUAACCAUUUGAAUGGAUAAAGGAUUGCUUGUAUGGAUACUUUGCAUGAAAGUUGAAAGGGGCACAUUGUGUAUGAAGGCUUUCUUUUUCCUAUGUCAUUAAAUGGUUGAUCAAGUCACAUUGAGUGUAAAAGUAAUAGAGUUAAAAUAUAGAUCAAGAUUUUCAAAUUUAAAGAAACCUAAUAUGUUGUGUGAUAAAUUUGUAAUUAAAACAUAACCGUUUCAAUACAUAACAUGGAAUAAAAGCAUGAAUAGAGAAAACUCAAAAUAGUGUUUAAUCUGUAUUUAUACCAUUCAAUCAUUUGUUAAUAUCCAUGGAAUAGAUACAUUAUUCAAAAAUGCCUUGUUAACUCAUAAUUUCACUUCAUUGGAAAUAAGGAUUUUUUUUGUACUGACUUAUAAAUGGAAUGACUUAAUAUUUAAGAAUUAUGGCUCAGACAAAUUAAUGUAUGAGAAUUUUUCAAAAUCUGCAAUAUUGCCCAAAAAAAUGCAAUGAGUUAAUUUACAAAUUUUUCUGAACUUUCCUCUACUAAUUUUGUUUUAUACAAUUUUACUUUUCGUACAGUUUGCUCAUGGUGUUACGGUUAUCAUACAGAGCACUUGGGAAUUGAAAAUGAAUUGGCGAGAAAUUCAAGAACGGGUGCAAAAAGUACAGAACUAAUAUAGUUUGAAUGCCUAUGAAGUACAAAUGCAAACGAGUAAAUUUAAUGGUGUGUUCUGGAAAUCUAGAUUCAAAAUUACAUGUUUUAUUUUAAUGUAAAAUAAAUAAUGAAUAAAGUUUUAAUAAGUUACAAUAACUAAUAACUAUAAUUUCAUUUUAUUUUUCCUCCAAUGUGAUCAAAUUGUUAUAAUUUAACUAGUCUUUUAAUUGUAUACAUUUAUAUUAAUUUAUGAACUCUGUUUAUUAUGGCAGAAUUUGAAAAAUUAGCUUUUUUAAUAUUUUAGCCGUUCAUUAAAAAUUCAGUUACCCGUAAUUAAAACAUGUCACUUGCAGAGUUUUUUUAUACUCUUUCACAAGUUCUUUUUAUACUUUAUUGUGAUUCUCUAAAGCAUAAACUUUAGAAAAAUCUUCAUUAGUUUUAGAGAUAUAUCAGCAGCUUAAAAUUAGUUGUGGAAAUACGUUUUUUUUAAUGGUCAAUUUUUUAUAAUAUGAACAUUUUCAAUUUCAGUAUCAAUUUUGAAAAUUAUUGGGAUACCUAAGUUAUUUCAUUCAACAAUAUUUUACAGGAUACUAAAUACUUUGUAGGUCUGUGGUCACAGAUAAAGGCUCUAUUCUUAUAGUAUAACUAGUGUUCCAGUUGUUGCAAUGUAAUUAUUGAUGGGUUUUAAAAAUAUUAAUGUAACCAUUUCAUGUUUUGUAAUUCAAUACAAUUAAAUUUUUUUCUUGAUUUCUUUAAUUUUAUUCUUAAAUAUUUUAGUUGUGGUACUGAAUUUUUAAAAAAAGUUAACUCAAGUUUAACAUUAAAGUCAUUACAUUAAACAGAUUAUCUAUGAAGUUAUUCACUCUCCACAAUUGUGUUUAAAAAUAUAAACUCUCCUCCGGUAAUCUAAUAAUAAACAAGUUUAAAGAAAAUGUAUUGGUAGGUUCACUUUGCUCUGAUCUGACAAGUUAUAAAAUUAAUAAUUUCCCAAUUAAUUAAAUUGUUAUUCAUGCUUGAACUUGAAGUAUCCUUUGAUUAACUAGAUUUCUUUGUUGUAGCUACAAUUGUAUCUCUACACUUGUAACUUAUUUGUUGGAGAAUUUCUAUCACCAGCUAAGAAAUAUCCCUAUAUACUUUACUGUUUCUAAUGGUUUUGGAAAUAAUGUAUUGUUUUUUUAAAUCUUUCAAUGUAAUUACCUUUCAAUGUAAAUAUUGUGCUUUGAAGAAAAUAUUAAUAUGCAAUAAUUAGAUUUCUUCCAUUUUUCACUUUGCUUUACAGAUUAAAUAUUAAAAGAAAAAAGUGUAUUUUUGUGUUUUAGGCACUAUCUCACAGUCUACAUUUAAAGAUAAAUUUUGGUUUGGACUACCUACUAUCUGACUUUAAAAUAUGCAUGCUGACACAGCCCACUUUGGCUCAGACAAAUAGAGGACUGAUCACAUUCAUGACCUUUGCCCUCAUCUCGAAAUAAUUCGACAUCAUUGCUGGCACCAAACUGCAAAUGGUGUCCACAUGUCUAUAUGUUAUGAUAACGUAUGGCCACAUAAAAUUGUUCUAAAGCAGAUCAGGUGUAACCAGUGUUAAUGUAUGAGAUUAUGAUUUUCUUCAUAAAUAAACAAGAAAACUAAAAGUCAUAAAUUGGUGAUAAAUUUGCACAUGACUGGCUUAAAUGCAAAGCUCUAAGUAUUAUCAAGGAGAAAUUUCAUUGAUAAAUACUUUGUUUUGAAAAGUUUAACAGAAAUUAAUUUUACAUAUCUACAUUACUGUUGUAUUUAUUUGACUCAAAACAGCUGAACGUGAAAUCUAGAAAAACACAACAAAAAUGUAUCAUAACCUUUUUAGUAAUUUAUUUUAUAUACAAAAAUAAUUUAAUUUUAAUCAUUUUUGCUUAGGUUUCUUUUUCUUGUUAUCUUCUUUCUGUGGCUGAAUUGAAACUGAAAUGAACAUGUUAUAACAAUGAAUAAAAAAUAUUCUAACUUAUGGAACUAUUGUAAGAUGCCUAGAUUAACUUUUAAAAAUUCAUUUAAAAAAAGUAAAUAAAACAUUUUUUCUGUAACCCAUUUUAUAUCAAGACUAUUACACUGCUAAUAUUACAUUAGACUAAUGGCCACAGUAAAAUCUAUUCUAUUUUUAUCAGCUACCUUUAAAAUCAUGGGUCACUGCGCAGGAGGUUUGACCAAUUAUUCAAAAAUUUAAAUA